AUGUCAUUUUUCGCUUCUACUGGAUUCUCAUUAACUACUGGGUUCGGUUUAUCAUCAUUGAUAUCCAUAGCUUAUGUUUUGAUUUUAUACACAUCCAAAUCAGCAGUUGAUGGUAAAGAAAUUGAUCGUAAUGAUCCUCAAGUGAUCACUUCAAGAAUCAUUAAAGUCACAAGUUUAUCAAUCUUAAUUGUUGCAAUUUUACCAAGUUUAUUAUCUAAAUUAUCAGAGGAACCAACUAAUAAAAUUUAUGCUGAGUUAGGUUUCUUACCAGGUUUGAAAUAUAGAUAUGGUGAACUUCAUUGGGAAAAUGGUCAUUUAGGCUUGUUCACUAGGGAUGUUUUACAAUCCUUAUUAUUGGUUUCAAUUUUGUUUGUUGGUCCAUUAAUUGAUGCAGCAUUCUUUAGCUCCCCAGAUCCUCAAUUCAUUGUCAAAGAACUUUUGGGUCAAUUAACCACACUACAAGGUAUUAGAGACUUGAUUGUGGGUCCAUUGACUGAAGAAAUCAUUUACACAUCUGCCACUAUUGUUACAUUAUACCAAGUUCGUGAUGUCUCUACAAAUACAUUGAUUUUCUUACCACCAGUUUUCUUCAGUUUUGCACAUUUCCAUCAUGCAUAUGAAUUAUAUACCAAAAAGACACCAAUUCAUUUAAUUGGUGCUGUUACAGCUUUUCAAUUGUUGUAUACAUUCCUUUUCGGUAUUUUCACAAAUUUUGUCUUCUUAAGAACAAAUAAUUUAUGGAGUUGUUUUGCUGUUCAUGCAUUAUGUAACUUUAUUGGUGUUCCAAAAUUCCAAGUUAGUACUGUCAAAUUCCAAUAUUGGAAUUAUGUUUAUUAUGUAUUAUUAGUUGCUGGAUCUAUUGGAUUUUAUAGAUUUUUAUUCACAUUCACUCAAAGUUCUUUAGCAUUGGUUCCAUGGGGAAGAUAA